AUGGGGACAGCAGACGGUCGUGAGGCAGACCCUGGGACCUCACAGCCCACCCACAUCCACCUGCACAUCCACCAGGAGUCAGCUCUGGCCACGCUCCUGAUAUGUGGGUGCUCCCUGCUUCGGUCCCCUGCCCCUGGCGCCACCUCCCAGACCUGGGGCAGACGCCGGCUGCUGGUGGCCUCCUGGACCCAGCAUGGGUGGGUACAGAUCAUGCUGGGGGUGUUGAGUGGAGUUCUGGGGGGCUUCCUCCAAAUCUUCUAUGACUGCACCUUGUGUGGCUCAGGAGCCGCCAUCUGGACAGGGGCUGUGGUUCAGCAGCAAGCGUCAACCAAAGACCUAGGACCCAGCUCAUUUCCAGACACUCGCAUUGAGAUGGGGAGCAGAACAUACCAGAGAGGGAUGUGCUUGGCUGGAGCUGUCGCCUUCAUUUACAGGAAACGGGGUGGCAUCUACUGGGCCUUGCUGAGGACCCUGCUCACCCUGGCAGCUUUCUCCACGGCCAUUGCCGCCAUCGUCAUUGGGGCUCGUAAUUUCUAUGAGCACCACUUUUAUUUUAGAGACUAUAUCUGUCAUGUCUCCUCGACGGCCUGGUCCCAGGCCACCGUGCCCCCUAGCACCCCAAGUCCGGAAGAAGCCAGAAGGAUGCACCUGUGCCUCUCCCACCUGAGCAUGCUGAAGGCCCUGUUCAUAAGCUUUCAGGUCGUGCUGUUGGGUGUCUGGGUUCUGCUGCUUCUGGCAUCUCUGGUCCCGUGUCUGUACUGCUGGAGAAGGUCCCGAUGUAAGAAGGAAACAGACCAGAAGAAACUGCUGGAAAAUGGAGACCAGGAGCUUGAAAAGGAGGCCUCCCAUGGAUGGAAUCUGGAUUUGUCUGGGACAGAUUCCGAUGGCUUAAGAUCAGAGAUGAAGCACCUGUUGAAGUGCGAGAGUGUCUAA